UCGGGAGGAAUGCCAAUCCACUAACCAAAUAAGCGAGCAAAAUGGAAAUACCUUUUGUCGUCAAGUAAGGUCAGGUGGUCUACUAAACGUCUUUAGUUCCGGAAUGUCUGUAGGGGUUUUAGAAUUUCUUCGGAGUUGAGCCCUAUGUUAUAAUUGGUUGAGUUUCCCCUCCUCCUAACCGGUGUGAGGAUGAACUGAGCACUCUGAAGGGGAUGGGUGAAUAGCAAAGGACGGAGCACCCACUUGGAUCUUAGAACUGGACAGAGUAAGGGCGUGUGGAAGAGCGUGCUUCAAAAGACUCGGCGUUGUUAUUAUCCACUGGGAAAACCAAGGACAUUGAAAUUAAUGACUGAACAGGUGUGCAGGCAGCAGCAUCACACAGGCACUCACUCGUAGGACAGGAUGCAGGGCGUCAGACUCAGGACAGAGGGCUGGUGUCUGCUGGUCUUCAUGGCACUGCUGGCCUGUACCCCCAGCCCUGCCCAGGGUCAAGUCCCAGCUCCACGCAGACUCCGCUUCAAACUGCUUCCUUCUGGAGGAUUAACCGUAACAUGGAAAGAACCAAAGGGGGAUUAUGAUGGCUAUCGAUUUGUAUAUGACAAUGUUCGAGGUGGAGAGGAGAACGAGCUGUUUGUGCCCAAAGGAGAGAAUAGAGUAGUGCUGAGUGAUAUCAGUCCUGGGAAGCAGUAUGUGGUCAGAGUUUUUGCCAUGAGUGGGAGGAAGCAAAGCAAAGCGCUUCAAGGGAAAUAUCCAGGUAAACAGCGAGAGCCGGAGAGCGAGGACGUUCAGCCCCAGGGCCGCAGGGAGUAUGGCCCUACUGUGGACCUCAAUGAGAUAUCAGGAGCUGACCAGUUUGUAUGCGCAACCUCAUCCAUUGCUGACAUCGUCAUCUUGGUGGACGGCUCCUGGAGCAUCGGCAGACUCAACUUCCGUCUGGUCAGGAAUUUCCUGGAGAGCUUAGUGACUGCUUUUGACGUGGACAUCAACAAGACACGGAUAGGCUUGGCUCAGUACAGUGGAGACCCACGUAUAGAGUGGCACCUCAAUGCCUUCCCAACCAAAGACGCCGUGAUGGACGCUGUGAAGAACCUACCCUACAAAGGAGGCAACACCCUCACAGGCCUGGCCCUCACCUACAUCCAGGAACACAGCUUCAAACCAGAAUCCGGAGCCAGAAGUGGCGUUCCCAAAAUUGGCAUCCUUAUCACUGACGGCAAAUCCCAGGAUGAUGUCAUUCCUCCGGCCCAGAGCCUCCGGGAUGAGGGCAUUGAGCUCUUCGCUAUCGGUGUGAAGAAUGCUGAUGAGAGCGAGCUGCAGUCCAUCGCCUCUCCACCCAUCGACACACACGUGUACAACGUGGCCGACUUCAACAUCAUGAGCUCCAUAGUGGAGGGCCUCACCCGCAUCGUGUGUGAGCGUGUCGAAGAACAGGACAAGGAGAUCAAACGGGACUAUGUGCCCCCAGAGCCGCAGGGUCCUCCCCAGCGCCUGGUCACCUCUGAGGUGGGCCCGCGCAGCUUCCGCGUGUCCUGGUCCCCAGCUCCGGGCAGCGUGCAGAAGUACCGCGUGGUCUACCACGCAACCAGCAGCCCAGCCAACGUAGAGGAGACUGUUGUGGAUGGCAGCGAAAGUUCUGUGCUGCUGACCAACCUUCACGCUCUGACGGAGUACGCCAUCGCUGUGUUCGCCGUCUACGCCAGCGCUAGCAGCGAGGCCCUCCGAGGCAGCCAGACCACCCUGGCCUUACCCAUGGUGGCCGAGAUUGGUCUGGACGAUAUAACCCACAGCAGCAUGCGUGUGCACUGGAGGAGCGUGGAGGGGGCCUCUGGCUACAUGGUCCUGUACACGUCACCCACCCUGGAGGAUGUGGAUAAGACUGAGAUAAGAGUGCCAGAGUCAGUGACGGAUAUUCAGCUGACAGCCCUGAGUCCAGACACAGACUACAUGGUGAAUGUGUACGCCCUGUUCGGAGACGACACCAGCGACCCGAGGACCGGCCAAGAGACCACAUUGCCCCUAUCGCCUCCUCGCAACCUGCGGAUCUUUGACGUGAAGCACAGCUCCGCCAAGCUCAGCUGGGUUCCUGGAGCUAAAGACGCUCAGGGCUACCGCGUUGGAUACGUUGUUACUGGAGGAAUCCAAACAAAUGAGGUGGAGGCCGGACCGGUCACCUCCCUGGUGCUGAAGGACCUGGCUUCCCUGACAGAGUACACUGUUGCUGUCUUUGCCAUCUACGACGCGGGCCAAUCAGAAGCGCUGAGCGGGAGCUUUGUGACCUUGGAAGUGCCCGAGCCGCUGGACCCUGUGACCAGUGACGUGACCCCGGACAGCUUCCGCGUCAGCUGGACGCAUCCCGCUCAGGACGUGCUGCUCUACAAACUCGCCUGGGUCCCACUCGACGGAGGAGACAGCAUGGAGGUGGUUGUGCCUGGUGACAAGGACACGUAUCUGCUAACGGGGCUGGAGCAGCGCACGGAGUACGAGGUGUUCCUCUCGGCCUCCUACAGCGACGAGGUGGAGAGCGAGGCGGUCUCUAUCCUGGAAACCACAAUGGAUAGGUCUACUGUUGCCACACCAACAGAAGAACCUCGUUUUGGUCUGAGUGAAAUUGUUGUGGAUGACGAGACAGCGUCCAGCCUGCGGGUGAGCUGGGAGACAGAGGAUACGAAUGUGGAGAAGUUCAAGGUGUCCUACAGGAGCCAGAGUGGAGAUGUAGGAGAAGAGGUGACGCUGGUUCCAGGUUCCCAGAGGAUUGUGACUCUGCAGCCUCUCCUCUCUGACACGGAGUACAGUGUGACCGUCAUCCCUGUCUACACGGAUGGAGAACACAGCAACUUCGCUCUCUCCUCCAGAGGAAAGACCUACUCGGCAGCGCCCACUAUGACGUCAGUGGGUGAUGAUGAGAACACUCGGUUGCUGUACAAUCUCCAGACUGACACUGAGUACGCCAUCAAGGUCGUCGCCACGUACGCCACUGGCCAGAGUGAGCCCUUGAAGGGCACCGGCAGGACAUUGCGUCUGGCUGUGAGGAGCCUGAGCACGUACCAAGUGCGCAGCUCCAGCAUGUGUGUCCAGUGGCAGCCCCUUGCCCAGGCCUCCCUCUACAGAGUCUCCAUCGAGUCGCCACUCAAUGGGCACCGGCAGGAGGAGAGCGUGGCGGGGAGCGCCUCGCGACACUGCUUCCACAACCUCCUCCCCAACACCCAGUACCAGAUCAGCCACUACAGCCAGCUGCAGGGCAUGGAGGGGCCUGCGGUCACCACCACUGACACCACACUUCCUGCUCCCACACAGCCUCCAACCACACCUCCCACGACCACCCCACCACCCACCAUCCCUCCAGCCAAAGAAGUUUGUAAAGCUGCCAAAGCAGACCUUGUCUUCCUGGUGGAUGGCUCGUGGAGUAUCGGUGAUGACAACUUCCAGAAGAUCAUCCGUUUCCUCUACAGCACAGUCGGAUCUCUGGAUGUGAUUGGUUUAGAAGGAACACAGGUUGCCAUCGCGCAGUUCAGUGACGAUGCCAGAACUGAAUUCAAGCUCAACUCCCACAGUGAUAAACAGUCUUUGCUGGACGCCAUUCAGCGUAUCUCCUAUAAGGGAGGAAACACGAAAACAGGUCGGGCCAUAAAGCACGUGAAAGAGGCCAUCUUCACCGAGGAGGGCGGUCUUAGGAGGGGCGUACCGAAAGUGCUGGUCGUACUCACGGAUGGACGAUCCCAGGACGAUGUCAACAAAGUUUCCAAGGAGAUGCAGCAAGAUGGCUAUAUCAUCUUUGCCAUUGGUUUUGCUGACGCCGAUUAUGGUGAGCUGGUCAAUAUGGCCAGCAAGCCUAGUGAGAGGCACGUGUUCUUCGUGGAUGAUGUGGACGCUGUGAAGAAGAUUGAGGAGCAGCUGAUUACGUUUGUGUGCGAGGCUGCUACUGCUACCUGUCCAUCCCUGCUGAUGAGUGGGAACACGUUGGCAGGGUUCCGCAUGAUGGAGAUGUUCGGCCUAGUGGAGAAGAGCUACAGCAGUGUGCAGGGCGUUUCCAUGGAGCCGGGAACAUUCAACAGCUUCCCCUGCUACCGCUUGCACAAAAACGCACUGAUCUCCCAGCCAACCAGAUAUCUCCACCCUGAAGGCCUUCCCUCAGACUACACCCUCACCAUGCUGUUCCGCCUGCUGUCUGACACCCCGCAGGAGCCCUUUGCAUUGUGGGAGAUUCUCGACAGCGACAGUGAGCCCUUGGUGGGCGUGAUCCUGGACAACGGUGGGAAAACACUGACUUUCUUCAAUCAUGACUACAAGGGAGACUUCCAGGCAGUGACCUUCGACGGCCCCGACAUUAAAAAGAUCUUCCAUGGGAGUUUCCACAAGCUACAUGUGGCCAUCAGCAAGACUGCAGCCAAGGUGGUGGUAGACUGCAAAAUGGCCGGGGAGAAGCCCAUCAACGCUGCUGGCAACAUCACCACAGACGGCGUGGAGAUGCUGGGUCGCAUGGUGCGCUCCCGUCAACGACGAGACGACUCCGCACCGUUCCAGCUCCAGAUGUUUGACAUUGUAUGCAGUACAUCUUGGUCCAGCAGGGACAAAUGCUGUGAGCUUCCAGGCCUGAGGAAAGAGGAAGACUGCCCUGCAAUGCCCCAUGCCUGCACGUGCUCCCAGGACAGCAAGGGCCCCCCUGGUCCAUCAGGUCCACCGGGUGGUCCUGGUAUCAGAGGUAUGCGAGGUAGUCAAGGAGAGCCUGGCAACACGGGAUCUCAAGGGCCAGCAGGAGAGAUGGGUCCCCCUGGCCCACAAGGACCCCCAGGCCCCCAGGGGCCAAGUGGAAUGUCUAUUCAGGGAGCUCCGGGAGCAGCCGGAGAAAGAGGAGAGAAAGGAGAAAUGGGCCCAGCAGGACCACAGGGUGUCCCUGGAUCACCUGGAUCUUCUGGACGCGACGGCCCACCUGGACAGAGGGGUCUACCAGGAAAGGACGGACCACAGGGCAGACAGGGUACAGGUGGACCUAUUGGCACCCCAGGAGCGCCGGGAGCCCCGGGGUCUAAUGGCCCCCCAGGGCCCAUGGGAGAUCCUGGAACAUCUGUGAGUAUACUAUAGAGUCUCUCUGCAGUA